CACCGCGAAUCUAUGGCGACGGUUCCAAAUGAAUAGGCAUGGUCUGGGUACGGUGAAAUGAAUUCUAUUCGAGAUUUGAACGGGCCGGUGCUUAUAUAACAGUCUGUGUGUCGUAACAAGAGUUUGACAGAAGCAGACACAUGAAAUCAGCCUGGUAAUUAAAUCAACCAGUUAAAGAUGACCGAGGGAUGACCGCGGGGACUGGAAAUGGACACGUCAGCUAUUGGACUUAUCGCUUCCUCCUGCGUCAUCUUGUUUCUUAUCUUUGUGCUGGGCGUCAUCGUGUCAUAUAACUGCUUCAGACGCCUCGAGUCCCGGAAGACGUCAUUGCCAAGGUCACGUGUUCAAGAAGUCUCCGAGUGGGCGAGAAAUGUCCAGAGUUCGACCAGCACGUUUGACCAGCACCUGGACCCUCCCUUCCGUGCCAUGAACGGCUACAGGCCAAAGAUCCUCGGCCGAGCGGAGAACGAGUACGUCUUCCACGAGACGUCAGACACCUAUGACGUCAGAAAGGGAAAACACCACAGAGGACGUCACCACAAAACUGAUGACGAAGUUCACAAAACCGUCCGCAACGGCAAGGCGAUCUCGGUCAUCAACGUGAAAGGGGAGACCAAUCGCGUGGUCAGCGGGACCAUCAUGCCCCGCGAGAUGAACGGGGACAGAGACUCCAACCGGAGCAGUGGUCAGUUCGUGCAUGGCCAGAUAGUCCACGAAGACACCGGACGGGUGGGUGACGUCACAGGGGUCGCUCCCACGGUCCACGUCAUCAAACAGAAGGUCAAGGUAGGGGAGGACGGACGUCUCGUGAUCUCCAGCACGGAGCAGGGCGAGUCUGCGCAUGCGCAGCGGGUGUACGGGCAUAUCGAGACGCCGGAAGUUGUCAGAGGCCACCACGUCGGACAUGGCUACGACGGGGAUUACGAAACUGUGGACGUGGUGCAAGGCAAGACCGACGGUCCUCAACUCGUGUAUGGUCACCACAGCCGACAGCAGUCCGGCCCCACACACCAGGGCCCCACACACCAGGGCCCCACACACCACGCUGGCCCCUCACACCAGGGCCCCUCACACCACGACCCCACACACCACACGGAGCCCACACACCACAAGGAGCCCUCACACCACAUCAACUCCUCGUACCAUACCCUGGAAGGGGCUGUACCCGAGAUUGUGGUCAGCCCCUCCACCUCCCACCCUCCCCAGCAUGAACACUGGAACUCUGACGAUAGUGAUGACGGCUCUGAUGCCGGCAGACACAGGCUCGGUUCGUUCUCUGGGGACAAGGAGAACUAUAAAGUUAUAAAGAAACAUUCAACACCUAAAAUACCCGACUGGGUGAUUAAAUCUGUAACAGCUCAGGCAGAAGAGCGUGACGUGGACAGUGACAUUAGAGAGACGGCCUUGAACCUGGAACACAGACUCAGCACCACAGAACACAGGGAGUCCGUCUCAGAGAUCCAGAGGCGUCUCACGUCUUCGCCCUAGACAGUAGCUACCUUAGAAGAUUCAAAUGCCAACCCACCACCAUCACCAAACAAUCGCUGACUUGGAAGACUCGAACUCCAACCCACCACCAUCACUAGACAGUUGCUGACUUGGAAGAUUCGAACACAAACCCAUUAUCACUAUAUAGUGUUGUUUUUCGUGCUAACAUUCAAUCGAAGUUCUUCCUGCUAAUUUAAGCAAUAACAAGAAUAAAAGUCUAUUUCCUCUGAAUGAAAAAAAAAGAAAAAAAAAAAGAAAUAAAAAGAAAAAAGAAAAAACAACAACCUACAGCAUAAUGUAAGGGAGAAAACUCAAAUAAAUCCAAAUAUCUUCGAGUGCAGUAACAAUAACUCUGUUAAUCAGUCAGUUGAAGAAUUGACAAAAUAGAGCAUCCUGCUUGUUAAUCCACCAAAGUGUAAGCUCAUGUUGUUGAUGUUUUAAAUUUUCUGAUUUAUAAAAUAAAUAUAUUAUUUAUAUACCCUGAUAACUUUGUACAAAUUGUACAUAAAAUAUUAUAGCUAGCAUUAUAUUAUCUUCUUUGGAUAACUAAAUUUACAUUUCAUAAC